AUGUGUCCGUCAAAGUGCAAACUGAAGAGCAGCCCCACGUGUCCGUCAAAGUGCAAACUGAAGAGCAGCCCCACGUCUCCGUCAAAGUGCAAACUGAAGAGCAGUCCCACGUUUCUGUCAAAGUGCAAACUGAAGACCAGCCCCACGUUUCCGUUAAAGUGCAAACUCAAGAGCAACCCCACGUUUCUGUCAAAGUGCAAACUGAAGAGCAGCCCCACGUGUCCGUCAAAGUGCAAACUGAAGAGCAGCCCCACGGUCCGUCAAAUGCAAACUGAAGAGCAGCCCCACGUGUCCGUCAAAGUGCAAACUGAAGAGCAGCCCCACGUAUCCGUCAAAGUGCAAACUGAAGAGCAGCCCCACGUGUCCGUCAAAGUGCAAACUGAAGAGCAGUCCCAUCGGUCCGUCAAAGUGCAAACUGAAGAGCAGUCCCACGUGUCCGUCAAAGUGCAAACUGAAGAGCAGUCCCACGUUUCUGUCAAAGUGCAAACUGAAGAGCAACCCCACGUUUCUGUCAAAGUGCAAACUGAAGAGCAGCCCCACAUUUCUGUCAAAGUGCAAACUCAAGAGCAGCUCACGUUUCUGUCAAAGUGCAAACUGAAGAGCAACCCCACGUUUCCGUCAAAGUGCAAACUGAAGAGCAACCCCACGUUUCCGUCAAAGUGCAAACUGAAGAGCAGCCCCACGUGUCCGUCAAAGUGCAAACUGAAGAGCAGCCCCACGCUUCCGCCAAAGUGCAAACUGAAGAGCAACCCCAUUUCCGCCAAAGUGCAAACUGAAGAGCAGCUCACGCUUCCAUCAGAGUGCAAACUGAAGAGCAACCCCACGCUUCUGUCAAAGUGCAAACUGAAGAGCAGCUCACGUUUCUGUCAAAGUGCAAACUCAAGAGCAACCCCACGUUUCCGUCAAAGUGCAAACUGA